GUGGUUUCUUGUUCUGCUCCAUCAUGUCCGAUCUCGCAUCUCUCUUACUUGCCUCAUUGAAUCCGGCGACUAGAAAGGUUGCGGAGCAAAGUCUCACCGAGUUGAGCUCUCAGCAGGGUUUUCUUGGGCACCUUCUCGGCUUGAUUCUCGACACGAGUAAAGAGCGAGCCGUGAGGCUUGCUGGGAGUGUCUACUUGAAGAACAUUGCAAAACUGCGAUGGGAAGAGGAGGAGAAUUCUUUGGCGGAGCUCGACAAGAGCGCAUUGAGAACACAGCUCAUUCCUGCUAUGAUAGCACUCUCCACCAAUUCUGCAGACAAAUCAAUUCGCGCUCAGAUGGCUGAGAGCAUUUCUCUCAUUGCUCAGCUCGAUUUCCCUUCGAAAUGGCCAGAUCUCAUUGAUCAAUUGACUCGAUCGCUAUCAACGUCUUCUUCGUUGGCCAAUCUUGCGAUACUUCAAACAUCUCACUCCAUCUUCUCGCAGUGGCGCUCUCAUGUUCGUUCUGACGCUUUAUUUACGGAAAUCAACCUUGUCCUGUCGAGAUUUGUGGACCCUUUCCUUGGACUCUUCCGGCACACGGCGUCGCUACUACUUGGCCAGACCCAUUCAGAAAUGUCAUUGCACGCCGAGAUCAUGGUUUUGCUACUAGAAAUCUAUUAUGAUUUUACAUGCCAGGAUCUACCUCCCGCCAUCGAAGACACACAAGCUGAAUUCUUUAGUCCACCCGAUGGCUGGUUCCAAAAACUUCUCCUUUGGAAUCCGCCUUCUCUGGCUGUUGGAUCGGACGAGACGGUCGCAUCCUUGCCUUCUCAGGUCAGGACUGGGAUCCUGCAGAUAGCAGAGCUUUUCUUACAAUUGUACCCCGAGCAAUUGCAGCAAAGUCAAACCAUAGAGUCCUACAUUCAGGCAGUCUGGAAUAUGGUUGGUGAUGAUCGCAUGCCGAACAUAUCAGACGAUGGGCUUGUCUCCCAAGCAUUGCGCUUCCUCUCUGCGACUAUCCGCUCGAAUCAUUAUGCUCAACUGUUUACUCCCGCCACUCUUUCCACUAUCAUCCAUUCUAUCGUUGUGCGGAAUGUGAUGUUUCGACAGUCUGACGAAGAAAUGUUUGAAGACGAUCCGAUGGAGUUCAUUCGGUCCUCUCUGUCGGAUUCAACCUCGACCUCCACGGCAGGGUUGGCUAGUGGCGGUGCAGAUGGAAGAACUCGCAGACAGGCUGCAGCCGAUGUUCUCAAAGCCUUGGUGGCCAGUGGGUUCGAGCGGGAAGCGACGAGCGAGGUGGGGAAUUGGAUCCAGAUGGGUCUUCAACAGUACAAUGCGGCUUCACCGGAAGACAGGAAGACAGAAGCCUGGAAGGCCAAAGAUGCAUCGAUCUAUCUCAUGAUGGCUGUGGCGACACGUGGAUCCACUGCUCAGCAUGGUGUGACGUCGACCAACGCUCUCGUCGAUGUCGUCGGCUUUUUCUCAACCAAUGUUUUCUCCGAUCUUGAUGCAGUCGAAGGUCAAGUCAAUCCCAUUCUCCAAGUGGACGCUAUUCGCUUCCUUCUGAGCUUCCGAAAUCAGUUGAAAAAGGAGGAUCUCCUUCUGGUUCUGCCUCUUUUGGUGCGGCACUUGGCGUCUCAAAAUUAUGUGACCUGCACAUACGCGGCCAUCACUAUCGAUCGUAUUCUCAGCAUUCGACGAGAAAGCGGAGUGCUGUUCAAUCAGGCGGAUAUCCAUGAGAUGGCCCCUCAGCUUGUUUCCGAUCUGCUGAGCAAAAUCGAAAGUGCCGGGACGGCUGACAAGGUGGCUGAGAACGACCAUCUCAUGAGAUGUCUCAUGCGCGUGAUUUUGACCGCCAGGCAAACACUCACACCUGCCUAUGAGCAGACUCUUGGUCGCUUAGUGGGAAUUCUUGGCGUCAUCUCUCAGAAUCCCAGCAACCCGCUCUUCGAUCAGUACAUAUUCGAAAGCAUUUCAGGCCUCAUGAGAUUUGUCGUGGAAGGCUCGCCGGGGACCCUUUCCACCUUUGAAAGCGCCUUGUUCGGACCAUUCACCAUCAUCAUUGACCGCGACAUUGAACAAUAUGUUCCCUUCGUCUUUCAACUGUUGGCCCAGAUGCUGUCUCUGCACAGUUCUGGUGUGCCAGUGCAAUACAGGCCGCUUCUUCCGAUGCUGUUCACUCCGGCAUCAUGGCAACAGAAAGGAAGCAUCCCAGGACUGGUCAAGCUGCUCAAAGCUUUCCUCGAGCGCGACAGUGCGCAGAUGACUGCCUCGGGUCAGAUUGCUAAUGUGUUGGCGGUCGUGCAACAAAGACUAAUUCCGAGCAAAUUGAAUGAUGUCUGGGGCUUCGAGCUGCUCCAGGCUGUGGUCGCCUUUGUCAAACCAUCUGACCUCCAGUCGUAUUUCAAGGCGGUCAUCAUGACACUGCUCACGAGACUCCAGACGAGCAAGACCGACAAAUUUGUCUAUCUGUGUGCCAAAUUCCUGUUGUAUUGCAUGGCCCUCGAUAUCGAUGGCUUGGGUCCUGACUACGUGAUCCGCCCUAUUGAGGAAAUCCAGCCCAAAUUGUGGAGCACGAUCAUGACUCAGUUUGUGCUCCCUCAAAUUCCGCUCAUGCCUCAGAAGGAUCGCAAGUUAGCCAUCGUUGGUGCGAUCCGUCUCGUGAUGCGGAGCAAUGCCAUGUUGCAGGAACCCAGCGUACAGCCUUGGCCAAGUGCAUUUUCGUCCAUCUUCCAGCUGUUGUCUGGAUCAUAUCUUGAAGGCGCCACAACAUCAAAAAAGACAGACGACAACACCGCCAUCGGACUGACCGACAUUGACAUCGAGGAGCAAACGGCUGGUUACCAAGCUGCCUAUUCCCGACUGGCGGCGGCGGAGGGUACCGAAGCAGACCCUGUUGCAUAUGUGCGAGACGUCAAGGACUUCUUCCAGAACGAGGUCCGCGAACUGAAAUCUCGCAACCCUGCUCAACUCCAGGCGCUGCUCUCGGCUGUAGAUCCAAAUGUCGCCAGGCCCUUCAUGUAGACACAUCACGCACUCCGCAAUCUUAUCAGAUACACAAUCUAUCAUCAUUUCUGUUGCACGCAAACUUUGUUCCUGCUUGCGCCGUCAUUCAUCAUACCCGGUUUGUACCGUCAUGCUCGCCCGCCAAACGUUGAGUCGCGCCCCCGCCACACUUUCUAGAGCUGGCCCUGGAAAUGCGCGCACCAUGGCUACUCUCCGAGAGAUUGAGCUCCGUCUCAAGUCCGUUCGCAACAUCGAGAAAAUCACAGCGUCCAUGAAAAUGAUUGCCUCGACCAAGUUGGCAAAGGCUCAGCGUGCCAUGACUGCUGGCAAGGAGUAUGGUAUUGCAAACUCCGAGGUCUUUGAGCACUCAACUCCGGCCUCGGCCUCCACCAAGCGGCUGUUCGUCGUCAUCUCUUCCGACAAGGGUCUGUGCGGAGGUAUCCAUUCUUCCGUGACCAAAGCGACGCGCCGAGCUUUCAAUGGCGUCGCCGAAUCUCCUCUCCUGGAUGCGGACUCCCAGCCUGUGGCUGUGGAUGCAGACACGCCUAUCAUGGUCGUCGGAGACAAGUCCAAGGGCCAACUUCUGCGCACCAUGUCACAAAACAUGCGCAUGACCUUCAACCAAGUUGGCAAGGAUGUCCCUACCUUUGCCGAUGCUGCUGGUAUUGCCGACCUGAUCACCAAGAGCGGCGUGGCGUAUGACUCCGUUGUCAUUGUCCACAACAAGUUUGUCUCUGCGAUUAGCUACGAGGCGGGUGUCACCGAAAUUCGUGGGGAGGCCGGCCUGAAGGAGAGCGAGGGCUUCAAGGCGUACGAGAUGGAGGAUGACUUCACCAAGGAUUUGGCCGAGUUCUCGCUUGCCAACGCCCUGUUUUCCGCUCUGGUUGAAUCCCAUGCUUGUGAGAUUAGCGCCCGUCGCAAUGCCAUGGACAAUGCCUCCAAAAAUGCCAAGGACAUGAUUGGUUCGCUCCAGAUGCAAUACAACCGAGGCCGACAGGCAGCCAUCACCAACGAGUUGGUCGAUAUCAUUACCGGUGCCAGUGCCCUCUAAGUUAGAUUUUCGAGUAGCACAUAAUGGAAUGAUGCUUCCUGUUCACCCGAUGCUUAAGUUCGGAUAUGAGAUAUGCUGUAUAGACCUGUCGGCAAUAACGAUGCACAUUACUCAUUGAUGCACAAAAUACCUCGAGAGCUACC